AUGCUCGACCGCAACCGGCGAUGGUGGACCGUGGCCGUAAGCGUGCCGCUGCAGCCGCUCGUCCUCGUCCUGCUCAUGCACCGCAGACAGGACAUCGGUUCACCCGCAUACGGGCGACGGCUUGGCCACAUCCGGAUACCGCGGGGACGUCAACGCGACGACGGCCGCAGCCGUCGGCCGCCCGUCACCGGCGCCGGCCGGUCCGGUUGCCAGCAGCGGGACUGCGCCCUGGAAAACGGGAAAGUUAAUAUUUUUUUCGUGGCCCAAAGUACACGUCUAAAGUAUUAG